AUGGCCUGGGUUGAUUUCUUGACCAGGCCAGCCCCAGGGAGUGAAAGAAUGGAGAGAUGGGAUAGUAAUACUAUGGCAUUUCCAUGUGAAGCGGAAUUAACUUAUCCACUGUUGGUUAUGCUGUAUGGCUCCAUCAUUGUGUUGCCUCCAAGUUGGUGGUUAAUAUUCUUUGAUAUUCCAUCACAGAUAAGCUUUUUUCCCCUCUUACUUGCUGCUUUCCUUACCGUUAAAACUCUACACUCUGCCUACACCUCCACUGCAGAAUUCCCUGGCAACGAACAAAAAGAUGAUUGUACUGUACAGAACAGAACAGAGUCCAUUGACUGGUCUGGGAGUGACAAGUUCGGGUGUGGUUGGCAAGUGGAGCCGCCAGAGUCAGAGUCAGGGCCUAGAGACCGGCCGCCAAGUGUCGAGUAA